AUGGUUCUCUUCAAGAAGCUCAUCACAGCCUUGUCUUUGACACACGCUGUCGCUGCGCAGUCAAACAAGGUCUGGGCUGCCGUCGCAUUCAUUAACCACGGCGAAACCACUCCAGCAACCCUACGUACUGUCCUCACUCCCGAGGGCGCACAACAAUUAUGGCGACAGGGGACUGCGUUCCGUGCUCGCUAUAUCCCAGAUGGCGUGAAUAAUUCAGACUAUGAGAACAUCCAGACAGCAUAUUUCCAGGACCUCAAACCCGACGUGAUCGAUAAUGACGAUCUUGAAAUCAUGUCCCAACCAGACGAAUGGGUAUCUGGAAGUGCUUUGGCUUUCAUGCAAGGUUUUUAUCCGCCAGCGCCCAACGCCUUUGACAACAGCACUGGAGGCAAAGAGAUAGCCGUGAACUUGGCAUCGAGUGAUAACAAGACAGAAUAUCCUCUGGACGGAUACCAGUAUCCCAAGAUUCAAGUCCCAGGCAUAUCUGAUCCAGAAUAUGCAUCCUUGCUAGGUUCCUCCAGAUGUCCAGCCUGGUACACGGAAAUAAGAGAAAACCUGACAGAUCAUGAUUCCCUCAACAACAUCUACCAAUCAAGCCUGGCAUUCUACCAAGACCUAUUCUCUACUCCGCCACUCAAGGGGACAAUUGACAUACAGUCAGCCAACCUUAAGAACGCCUAUGAGCUCUGGCAAUUUGUCGAUUAUCAAUAUCGUCACAAUGAAACUGUCCACGAGGAGCUAGGCAACGCAAACGGGACUCUCACUCUUUUGAACUAUUACGCUAUUAAAAGGGAACGCGCAGCGAAUAGCUACACUGACGGCUCGAAAGAUAACAGCCCUUCUGACGAUAACAGCCGUCUUGGUGUCCUCUACUCCAUCGCAGGACGCACGUUGGCGUACAAAAUAGCGUCGCAGUUCAAGAACAACAUCCGCUGGGGAAGUAGCUACAACAAACUCACCUUCAUGUUCGGUUCUAUUGAGCCCAUCGUCAGCUUCAUUUCUCUCUCGGGUCUCCUCACACAAGACAAUGAGGAAGAGCAACCCUGGUCUUCACUCCCUGAGCCCGGUGCAGCACUCGUCUUUGAGCUCUUCGGCGAGGAUCUAGACUCCCCUGGCCGCAUGCCUUCCAUGGACAGCCUGAGAGUCAGGAUGUCUUAUCGUGCUUCUGCAGAUGCUGACGAGCCUUUCCGCAAUCAGCCCAUUUUCAAGUCUGGUCCCGAUGGUAUCGCAUACACCCGCUUCGUACAGGUUAUGGGUCAGCUUGGAACGUCACCAAGCGAGUGGUGCAAUAUCUGCGGCGCACCGUACGCUCCCUGGUGCAUAAUUUCUCGUUCAGACGACGACAUCUGGGAUGGUGCUUCUUCUUCUUCUUUGGGCCCGGUCAUAGCAGGUAUUAUUGGUGCAGUUAUCGCAUUAACUGUCAUGGCUGUUCUGGUAGCGUGCUUGUUCGUCUGCGCAGGCUUCCGAAUUCAACGCAAGCAGACUCCAGACACACCACCCAGCACGGCGGCUGCUGUGGGAGGUGCCGUGGGAGGCUUCAAAGGACCAGAAAAGAAAGACGGUGAUGCGGACGUGGUCGUGACGAAGCAGGGAGUUCACCAUGAGCGUGUUGGCAGCUGGGAACUUCGAAGUCCGAACGAGCUACCGCCUCAGCCGCAAAUGUCUGGUGUUAUAACCAAAGAUUUCGACGCACCUCGACAUCGAACGAUGGAAGACAGUGACGAUGACAUCAGUGUCAUCGGGGCAGCACCGGUCAAGGCGCGGGAGAGUAUUUGA